GAUGCCGGUCGCCCACACACUGGAUCGCCCUUGGGGACGACCGCCGUCAUGGAGAUUGCAUUCUCGGAUCAGCAGUCCAUCCGCCCUUCGUUCGUUCUGGACUCGGGGCAAUGUGUUCACCUCUCGGAUCCUCAUGUCUCAGUGCAGCGUCAUUCCGGCCAGUCGAAUCCCAGGCAACUUGGUUCGGCGGACUCGUCGGAACCUGGCUCCGGUCCGGUCGUCGAUGGCCUUUACGACGAUCUCCUAUAUAUUUCCAAGGAUCAUUCUCGGCCCCCAGUCGUGGUGUGGACUCGCUCGGGCAUCAUCAAGCAGACCCUGACCCUGGACACCCCAAGAUCCGAUCCGUUGCCUCAGCCGCUGGCUUCGCAGGCAGCGAUCGCAUUCGAGCCAGAUCUGGAUCUGGAGCAACACCAUGAUUUCAAUCGCGAUCAAGACGGCGAUCAACACCAAGCCAGAGAUCAGGAAAACAUCGCUCGAUUUCAUCUGUCGAGAAGGGACGAUUCUUCCAGCGCCCGUGAUUCUUUAUCGAGCUCUGGUGCCUCGACUGCAGUUCAGGCCGCUUGGGUCUACUUUCCGGCCGACACCUCUCCAGCCAAGGAUUCACAUCAAGAUUCAUCCGAUUCUCUGAUCAAGGCACUCUGCGUUUUGUUUCCAGAGUAUUUGCAGAUACAGUAUCUCUGUGGUCGGCAGUACGUCACUCCUCUGCCUUUUGCCAUGCAACGGCUUUGGCCUCUCGGUUGCGGAGUUUUACUCGAGCGCAAGGAAGCAGCAUCCGGCGAGUCGCUACUAGGAUCCUCAUCCCUGUAUAUUCUUGAGCAUCCUUUGGAUAGUUUGCGCGCUGUCUCCAUCAGCGAACAACCAUAUCCUAUUCUCAGUCUGUCGGCCCACCGAUCGGCCCACCACCAAGAUGGGGGCUGUGCUGAUCCUAUGCCCACGGGCUCCACCUGGACUGGGCAGCCUGAAUCAACCCCAUCCGAAACCAUGCUGAGAAUGUCCGACUCGCUGGCCUCCAUUGUCGGGCAGAGGAUCGUGCAUAUCUACAUCGAUGGCCCAAGACAUUCAGGGUCCGGUUCCAAGAUAUUGUUGACUUCCCACUCGCCGACGACGAUGAGAUAUUACAUAUGGAGCCUUGUCUCGUCAACGGCUGGACCAGAAGAAGCAGUCGCUCCGACCUUUGUUCAUAUGAGCACUGCACCUUCAACAACUGCAGCGGAGAAAGAUAAUGGAAGCACGGCACACAAUCCAAAACUGGAUAACCAGCGGUGCAGUAAUCGAGCCUCACCCGCGACAGUCCUUGAUCGCCCUUCACAAUUUCGACUCCUAUGCAUAUCAUGUGUAACGCACAGUUCCGUGUACUCUCCCUCCCAACUCCCAUUCCUCACGACUACGCCGGUCUCAGGGUACUAUUUAUGGUGGAUCAUGAACAGCCAGCGACAACAGCUUUGCUGUUUGCCGCUAAGUGUCGAUGCACCGAUACACAAUUCUGUGGACGGGAGUGUACCAGAGUUUGGAGCACGCCGCUCCUAUCGGGCCCUCACCGCCGUUCCAGUCACGGCAACAAGAUUAGGCGACCAGGAUGUCCUGAUUCUCCAGCCCGACAACACUCUCGCACUUUGGUGCGGCCUCGAGGAUCCGAUUCCAUGCACAAUGCCUCGCAAUUUCCAGCGCCGUGCUUCAGAGACCUUUCCGUCUUUCGUCUCGACCAAGCGACGUCGCUCAUCGUCGACUGAGGAUCCCCCUCAAGCCACGAGCCAAGCCGCGAGUCAAGCCCCAAAUCACGGCACCGGGCCAUUGCCGGAAACACUUCGUUCCCCCUCGAAAGAAUCCCGAGUUUGCGAUCUGCGCCUUGUCUUGGGCAAUCGAGUAGAUGUAGUCUUAUCGGACGGAAACUCUGUGCGAAUCGCACUCCAGUUUUGCUCCGAGGAGCCUCUUGUCAAACAGUGUAUAGCUGCCUUGCGAACGGUCCUACCUGCCAGGUCGCUGACACCCUUCUUGAGGCGGCAUCUACUCUGCCAACACUCGCUUCAGUAUGAGGAGGAACUGAGCUACGGACUGACUCCAUGGGAGCGCUUUUUGAUUGUGCUUUUCUCUUUUUUACAUGGACCCGCCCCAACGGUAACGAUCGUGGGGGAUUGUGCUAACAAGCAUGGCUCAACAGCAAGCUCACAACCCUUUCAGGAGCUACUCAAUCGGCAGCCUGUUGAUUUCGGAUGCCCCGAAUAUGAAUGCUUGAAUGCGAGUGCCGACUGCCGUCCGAGCACAACUCUUUCCAUCAGCAGUCGCCUUGAGUAUCUUUACACCAUAUCGUUGCGGUUGAAAAGUCGUUUCUAUCCCUUGGAGCCGGACAUCACCGGAGACGGCCCCCUGAUUUUGCUCACUUUGCAUUUGGUGUACGAGGAUCUCAAACUCAAUACCCUGCGGGAGCAGGCUCGUGGUCACUUGGGCGCUGCUCUCUGCGUGCUGGCUCACCGAAUCCAAUGGAAAUCAUACGUCGACUACUACCGCCGUGACGGCGUCUUUCACUCCGAUGUUUUUAAAGGGUCAGCCCGACCAGAGUCCCUUCAUCAAUCCCUCCAAAUCUUGAUACAUGCUGCGCCCAACAUCUUCGAAUGGCUUUCUGAUAGCGUUGCUGGCAAGGAAGUCAAACCUUUUCUGGAUCUGGGGCAACUCUCAGAAGUUGUGCAGCGCAACCAGGAUGCAGCUGUCUCAAAGAUAGCCACCGGUUUCUACGACCCUGCUGAGGCCGUUUUCUCAGUCCUCAAAUCGAGUCUUGAUUGCAACUUGGCAUGCGCACAAACCACCCGAAUCGUCUGUUUUUACAAGGUUAUCUCGGAUCCAGACUUUGACCGGCAUCCAGAGGCCCUGAUAGCCGCAAUGAGUCUGUGUCGGUUUCAGCAUGCGGAUUUGCUGCUACUUCCAGAAGGUGUCGCUAUUCCACUGCGCGAAGCCCUCUUCCGCAUCCGAAGCACGCCGCCUUCAGAACAAAUCACUCGCACCUGGCCCAUGGAGGCCUUCAAACUGAUCGGUCGCGAAGAUCUUGCCGAACAGAGGGCUACCAUCAAAAAUCUCCUCAAAGCACGAUGCUUUUCGCUGAAGCGAUCAUCCAAUUCGGCUUCUGAGGGCGCAACGCACAGCAAGAUGGAUACAAGCAUCGUCUCUCGACUCAGAUUUAUGAUUGAUGAUCGAAUCAAAGAUGUCCAGGACAUGCUUGGGGUCAAUCCGAGGCCUUGUGAAAUGGAUAUCCAUAUUGAUGGGGAAAUGAGCGAGCACGACAUUGCGAUCGAGCAACAGUCUCGCCUGAUGAUCCUCGCCAAUCGGGUUCUCUCGCUCCCAUUCGGACGAGCGGCUUUGAUGUUCAAGUCAACGCCAUUUCACUCUAACAGCCAAAUCAAGUCGUUGAGGCCGAUUUCCAUAUCAGCCAAGAUGCCGCCUGUGGGCUCGGUUGUGACUUUAGACCUGACUCAGUGUCUACCUGAUUUUCUGGAAGGACCGGAAUUUCACGAAGGUGUUGCAGAUGGACUUUGCGUUGAUGCAAACGAGAGCGAGCUCGAUGGCGCGUGGAUUGCCUUCAACAAGCCCGACGAUCUCGACCCACAUCAUGCCGGAUUCCUAUUUUCGAUGGGGCUUCUUGGUCAUCUCCGAAAUCUGGUUCAAUGGCGCGGCUUCCACUAUCUCACCCCAAAGCACCCAAGCACAGUAAUGGCCUAUCUCCUAGGACUUGGGGCGGCCCACGUUUCCACCUGCGAAGAGCAAGUUGCUCGUAUACUCUCCGUUCACAUCCCUGGCCUGCUCCCUCCAAGCUCUCUUGAACUCCAGAUUGCACCUAUCAAUCAGGCUGCUGCGACGUUUUCUCUCGGCCUCGUAUACAUGAGUAGCAUGCACAAUGUCAUGGCCAAGUCCAUGCUCGAUGAGAUGCAGAGCCACACUCGCUCCGACACAGACUCGGCCGACUCUUGCCAAGAGAACCUGGCUCUGUGUGCUGGAUUUGCCUUCGGCAUGAUCACGCUCGGUCACGGCAGCAAAAUCGGCGGCAUCGAUAGUGGGAAGGCUGUUCAACGGCUCGUUGCGAUGCUGGAAUCAAGCACCAGUCAAGAAACGUCCUUACAUGGUCAAGUCUGGUAUCGCAGAUCAUACAGCGGCGGCAACUUUGCGACACCCGAGCGCUCGAGUCGAAGCACGGCCUGGUUGACUUCAAGUGUUUCCCCCGAUGUCGUUGCACCCGCUGCAGCUGUGGCGCUCGGACUGGCUUUUUUGAAGACAAACAACCGACAAAUCGCCAACCGAUUGGCCAUUCCAACCUCGCUCUACCACCUUGACUUUCUCCCUCCAGAUCAAAUUGCCUUGAGAAUCCUCUGCCGCAACCUGAUCUUAUGGAGCUAUAUCGAGCCGACAGAACGCUGGAUUCGAUCCCAGAUUCCAGAGUCGGUCAAGCGCGGCCUAUUUGGCAAAGCCGACUCGAUGGAUUUCACUCGAGUUGCGAUUCCCAAGAUUGCGCUGAGCAAAGAUGACUCGCUUCUCUACUCAUACUAUGGCGUGAUUGCUGGAUGCUGCCUUUCCCUGGGGCUGCGGUUCGCUGGAACCGCUAAUCAGAUGGCCUGCUCCGUUCUCUUGAAUUAUCUGGAUCUGUUCCUCGAUUUGGGUCUCCCAGAAGAUGCCGGCUUUCGGCCUCAAUUGCAACACUGUAUUGCCUUGUGGUGCCAGGAUUCCGUCGUGAUCUCCGUUGGAUUGGUGAUGGCUGGAACAGGAAAUCGAGCCCUCUUCCAAAGAUUCACCCGACUUCACGAGCGUCUCGUGCCGCACGUUUCUUUCGGGAGUCAUGUAGCCACUCAUAUGGCCAUCGGAUUUCUCUUCCUGGCUGGCGGCACGCGGACCCUUGGCACAUCGAGCAAGUCUGUCGCGGCUCUGUUAGCCUCGGUGUUUCCUCGAUUCCCUUCAUCGGUCACCGAUCAACGAGCUCACCUCCAAGCCCUUCGAUACAUGUGGGUUUUGGCCGUCGAGGAUCGAUGCCUUGUUACACGCGAUGUAACGACCCGCGAGCUGUGCUGUGUGCCCGUGUCGAUCAAGGUCUACGACCAAGUGCAUGGAGGCAACGUCAAUACUUUGAGCCCGGAUCAGAGACUCGUGGAAAUGCGGAUGGUUACCCCUUGUCUACUGCCGCCGUAUGAGUUCAUCCAUUCAAUACGCAUAUGCGGGCCUCGGUACUGGUCGUGGAUACUCGAGUUGGGAGCCAAGCGACCAGUCGAUUCCCAGAAGCGGAUUGAACUGGUGGUCAAGCGCAAGAUUGGCCAACUUGGCUAUUUGCAGGAUCCUAAAGGUGUCGAGUCAUUUAUUGGUCAAAUGUUUCCGCGACACCAUAGCUUCUUGAUCAAAGAGUCUCAUCAAGACUUUAUUCAAUCCUUUUCGGCCGAUCCACAGAUCUUGGCCUUUGCCGAGUAUUUCUGUGGGCUUGGAAGCAACGACCGAGCGUGGCAAUCAAACUACUCCGCGCCAAAUCCACAGAGGACAAGAAAGUUCCAUGCCUCCGUCCUGUACGAGUGUCUGGCGCAUGAUCAACCGGAAAUGAUUCAAUCAUUCUUGGAGAUAUACGAAGGUGUCCGCAAUCUUCGAAGGUCGACUGGUCUAUCCAAUCUCUGGAGUGCAAUCAUCGUUCUAUCCUUCUACGAAAGGCAGUCGGUGAAACCGAAGAUUCAAGGACUCGCUCGAUCAAACUCAGCGGCCCCUGUUCGCGAGCACUUUGCAAGAUCCCUUCGACAUGAGCUCGAGUCCUACUUUGGCCAUAUUUUCGGAAGCAGCUCCGUGAGGAGUUUAGGGACAUCGUUGCGGUCGAAAGCGCUCGGCGCCAGGGCAUCGUGUAGUAUCUCAACUCCUGUGCCGCCACCCCGUGAUACCGAUAACGCCAAGCCGCCGAGCGGAGCCACAGCCACUCAAUCGCAUAUCGAGGCGCCGCCUCCAUCGCGAUGUGCGUUGGACGCUUUGGGCGAUUCAUUGCGGGCCAUGAUCCAGAGCGAUUUUGAAGAAGAUUUGCCGGUUGUUUCAGGUUACCCCAGCCCCAGGGAUCUUGCCCUGUACUUGACGUUCGCCCGGUGGCCCCUCAAAGGCGAUCUGGAAGCCAUCUGGUCUCUUCUCAACCAAUUGAAGAAUGGUCGAGCUGGAAGCCACCUUGGCAUAUCAGGCCACGGUUCAAAGGAAUUACCGAGAGGGCUUUCCACGCACCCCUUUGAAAGGAUAGCUCUGGUGAUCCUCUGCAAGCGAUAUCCGCAAACACCGACAUCCACUCUGGGCCAGCUGGUGUCAUUGUUUGUUGAAAGCGAGCCCGGGGACGACCAAGAUACGCUCUGCCAGUGACUCCAGUCCCGGACCAGGAAUACACGCAUCUGUCCGCCACUCGCCAUGGCCAUCCAUAGAUAACUGUAUUGGAUUCUCCUUUACUGGGUCCCGGGCGCUGUGGUUUUGUGGAGGAAGAGGAAGUUACACUGUAUUCAGGGGGAAAUGAGGCAUCACGGUUUCAUUACGAGUGCAAUACACACACAGUAACCAUCCA